AGCAGCAGCUGCCGAUUGUGCCUGAAAGAGGACAAGAUAAGAUUUGCUCAGUUGCCUGUGGACUGGGAGAUGCUCUGAGACCAGGAGGCAGAGACAGCAGUCUGGGGCAUCUGCAUCCCCACUCACUGCCACCUCCACCUGGGCAGCCCUGCACACACGGGAGAUUAUUAAGAGAGUGCAGUCCUAUGGCUUCCUGGCUGGCUGGGUGAUCUAACUAACUACUGGGGUGGCUUCCAAUAGUUUGUAUGGCUGCUGUCUCCAUCACUUUGGAUGCCUGUGGGCUGGAGGUGGGUUUGAAUUGACAGAAAGUGUCCCCCUUGCCCUAACCAAGGCUCUGCUCCUGCUAUGCUGCCCUGAACUAUAGGACAUCAGGGAGAGAGCAGGUGCGAGCCAUGUGGCCAUCAGCAGCCAGCAGUAGGUUGCCCUGCUCCAGGGACUCUGCACUGAGGAGGGCUGCUUUCUCUGGGAACCUCUCUGCCCUGCCUCCUCAUCUGGUACCCACAGGGAAGAGCGUCCGCGUCUUCAUCAGUGCGAACCCUGAAGAUACUGAAGCAGAAAGAAAUUCAUUAAGAGAGCAAGUAUACCCCAAGUUGCGAGAGUUCUGCAGAGAGAAUUACGGAAUGGAGUUUCAGGCCAUAGAUCUAUAUUGGGGCAUACCAUCAGAGGAAUGGGAUUGUCCAGAGCUGCAGAAGACCAGGAUGCGGCUGCUAGAAGAAUGUCUGAAAACAUCUGCUGGUCCAUGUUUUGUUGGUCUACUUGGAGAAAAAUAUGGAACCAUUCGGAUACCUGGGGAGGUUGAAUCAUCAGAAUUUGAAAUGAUCCUGGAUGCUGCUAUUGAAGCCAAACUGGAAACAAGGAUUCUAGAAGAAUGGUAUUGCAGAGACGAGAAUGCAGUUCCUCCAGCCUAUUACCUCAGAUCCAAAGCAGAAAUGCUGAAGAAUCAUAACAACCCUACAGAUUCUUCAACAAGCUCUGCAAAUGUGAAGAAAUGGCAAGCGGUAGCAGAAGAGAUAAAGAAUAUAUUUUAUACUGCUGUUAAAUUACUUCAAGAGAAUGGGAAGUUGAAAUCCAGCCAAGCAAAGAGAUAUUUAUCAUCUGCCUUGGAAGAUGAAUUUGAUUUUGCACUAGGAAAGCAAACUGCAGCUUUUUUAAAGAAAUGUGUGUGCUACAUUCGUAAAAUUUCCAACAUUGAGCGACAUGUGAAAAUUCCAGAAAUGUCGAGGUACACAGAUGUCAUUAAAGUGGAAAAUAAGCCCACGAGAGAUCCUGAAGCUCUGGAGAAAAUGGUAAAACUGAGGGACGAGUUUAUUCCAACCAUUGUGGCAUCCUCCAACUUGCGAGUUUACACAUCAGUGACUCACUGUGACAUGAAGCUGGGGUACUCACAAGAAGUGGAAAAUCAUUAUGUAGAAGGCCUUGGAAAGCAAUUUUAUGAAGAUAUGAUAGAUAUCAUUCAGGCAACUGUGCAGCAAAAUUUUGAAACUGAAACCGAUUCACUUUAUGAUGAAAUUCUGCAGCAUUUGUCUUUGUGCAGAACAUAUUCUUCGUUCUAUGAGUACAGAUGUGAAGCACUUAACUUAGUUCAUAAAUAUAUACUGCCUUGCAAAUCAGGACAUAUUUACCCUCUUAUCAUAUAUGGAGGACCCUGCACUGGAAAAACCCUUUUACUAGCCGAAGUAGCAAAAAAGGCUUGUACAUGGCUUCAGGAAGAAAUGGGACCAGAUUCUGAGCCGAUAGUUAUUGUAAGAUUUUUAGGAUCCACAGAAAUGAGUUCUGAUUUAAGUUAUUUGCUGCAAAGCCUAUGUGAACAAUUGGCUGUGAACUACAGAUGUUUACUACAGAACCUUCCCAAAAAGGUUCUGGAUCUUCGUGAACUCUUUUUAAAUUUAUUGAAUGAGUCUUCUUUUCCUAGACCUCUGAUUAUUGUAUUAGAUAGCCUAGAGCAACUUACAGAUAAUGACGAUGCUAGAAAACUUUGGUGGUUGCCUAUUCAUCUUCCACGUACAGUUCGUAUAAUCAUCUCAACACUGCCAAACAAGCAUGGAAUCCUCCAAAAACUAAGGUGCCUUAUUCACAAUGAGGACAAUUAUAUAGAACUUAUUCCUAGGGACAGAAAAAUGUGCAGCCAAAUACUUAAGCAUCAGCUACUUCGAGUUAAAAGAAAAGUAACAUCAGGUCAACAAAUCUAUGUCAAUGAAGCAUUUUCAAGGUGCACUCUUCCCAUGUUUGUGAAUUUAACCUUUAGAGAGGUUAGAAACUGGAGAUCUCAUAAAGAUGUAAACGAUUCAACUCUUUGUGUCACUGUUCAUGAAAACAUACAACAUUUAUUUUGGUCACUUGAAAGCAAAUGUGGGCCAAGAUUGGUAUCAAGAGCACUUGGUUACAUUACAAUGGCAAAAACAGGACUGAGCGAAGUGGAACUUGAAGACAUUCUGGCUCUUGAUAACAGUGUCAUGAAUGAGCUACUGGUCAACAUGAAACUAUCCAAUCCAUUAAGGAUACCUUAUAAAUUUAUUGCACACCUCAAGGAGGACCUUGCUGGAUAUCUAGUAGAGAGACAUGUAAGAAAUGUUACUCUUCUAGUCUGGUCUAACAGACACCUGCAGCUUAUCGCUCAGAAAUUGUACCUCCACAGUGAUGAUGAUUUGCAAGAAAUGCAUACCAAUAUGGCAGAAUAUUUUUUAGGUGUCUGGUCAGGGGGAAGGAAAAAAACAUUCUACAGUCAACAUAAUUAUUUUGAAAACUCUAUCUCAAAUGAAAGCAAAGGUAUUGGUAAUGAGGAGUCACACUACAAUGAUGAUACUGAAUUUGAUAGACAAACACCUGAACAGCCUUGGGCUUUUCAGUGUAACCCACUGGAGCCCGACAUAUUUUUUGUCAACCAUAGAAAAAUGACAGAACUUCUACAUCAUUUGAUAAGAAGUGGAAUGACUGAUGAACUCAUGACAGGACUUACUAUGAACUUUAGCUGGCUUUACACAAUGAUAAAAAUAGGUCAGUUUGACCGGGCACUAACUGACAUUGAGGUAGCAUACAAUUACUCACGGCAAAAAGAACUGAAGUUCCUUGCAAGCACUCUUCAAAGCAUAAAAAUCAAAAUUCUAAAGUACCCAGGAUCCCUCUCUGCUGAGCUACAGCAAAUUCUUCUACCAGUUGUAAGUUCAUUGCCUAAGUUUCGAAACCUUCUUUUGGAAUGCGACAAAGAUGGACCCAAAUACUGUUCUAUUGUCCCACUACAUUCUUCCAUGGAUGUAACAUAUAGCCCAGAAAGACUCUUCUUGUCAUCUAGCUCAUGCCAAGUCACAGAGGUCAUUCCUACUUCUAGCCCAAAUGUAAUAAUCUCUGCCCUGGAAAAUGGCUCCAUCAGCACCUGGGAUGUCGAAUCUAGACAACUUCUUAGACAAAUCACAACAACUCAAUUUGUAAUUAUCGGCAUGAAGCUUACAGCAGAUGAAAAAUAUCUUGUGGUGUCAACAACAAACAACACUCUAUUAAUUUAUGACAACCUUAACUCUUGCCUUUUGUCAGAAGUAGAAGUUAAAGGUUCCAAACAUAGUGGAAGUGGAGGUGGAUCAAAUGUAAUUAAUGGUUUUACACUAUCAAACACGCAUGCACUUGCGUGGCUGGAGGCCAGUAAAGAUGUUAAUGUUAUAGACUUACUUUAUGGCUGGCCACUGUAUAACUUUCAUUGUUGGUAUGAAGUAACAUGCAUUCAAUGUUCUCCAGAUGGUUUGUAUGCAUUCUGUGGUCAGUACCUCAAUACCACCACUAUAUUUAAUUUGGGUAGUGGAGAAAAAUUGUCAACUGUAACAUCUGAAUUUUCAGGAGGGUUUGUAAAAUGCAUUCUUGUCCUUGAUGCCACUCAAGAGGUGGUUAUGAUUGACAAUGUAGGGAGCCUUUCUGUUUGGAACAUUGAAGAAAUAGCAAAUCCCCAACUGACCGAGGAAUUUGACUGUACCAAGGAAGACACAGAGGUUGUCAGCAUUGAACUUUCUGAAGACCAAAGUGCAAUUCUUAUAUGUAAAGCAUUAAGCAUUGAACUCUUGGAUACACGCAUGUGGAAGGUAUCAGACAGGUUUAGAGCAAAAUGCAACGAGAGAUUCAUAGCUGCCAUACUUUCCAAAAAUUGUGACUGUAUAAUUGCUUCUAUGGAAAAUACCUCAUCCAUUUUUGUGUGGCGUCGAGACACAGGGCAAUGCAUGGCAAGUUUACAAGAAAUCUCAGGAAACAUAGUAAAGUUAGUGAAAUCAAGCCAUCAUAACUUACUUUUGUCCCUGACCAUCAGCGGGGUUGUUUCAAUUUGGGAUAUUGACAUUUUAACAGCAAUGUCCAACAUUGACAAGACGGGAAGAGCUAUUCAAAUGAUAUUGGUGACUGGACGAGGAGAUUAUAUUUAUUCACUUGAUGGAUCUGAGUCAGUACAAAAGUGGAAUUUUAACACAGGAUUUAUGGAAUCUAAUUUCAAACAUGAGGGUUUAGUGGAGCAUUGUGUGCUUACAUCUACUGGAGACCUAAUGGUGACUUCAGAUGAUAAAUGUAACCAAUAUGUUUGGCACACUGGUACUGGAGAGAAUCUCCUCCGAAUUAGUGGGCAAAGGAUAUCCGAGCUACUGAUUACUCAUAAUGAUCAAUUCAUUGUGUCUCUUUGUGAACAAAAUGCAUCUAGGGUGUGGAGACUUGCAACAGGGCAUAAAGUUUGUAAUAUUUUAGCUGCCUUAAAGAAUGCACUUAUAACAACUGCAAAUACUUUUGUGGUUGGCAUGACAAAGAACAAAUUGUUAGCGGUUAGUUUAUGGACAGGAAGUAUAACAAAAAAAUACUGUUGUGAUGAUGGUGCAACAAUUGUUAACUUUAAAUUGAUUCCUGACUGUCCAGAAUUUGUCGUUUUCAUGACAUCCAUUGAAACUGUGAAUGUCUGGAGUCUUGCCGAGGAAACAAUUUGCAGACGAUUACAGCUCCCGUGCAACUUCUUGAAAAACCUUGAUGAUUUUCAGAUCUCCCCAAAUGGAAAACUUGGGAUAAUAACACAUGGUGAUGAAAAAAUCAAUGUUCUUGAUUUACACAGUGGCAAGGUUCGAGUUGUGCAUGCAUCAGGAAUAAUUUGGAAGCAUAGUUUGUCCUGUGAUGGGCGCUAUCUUGUUUACAUUUGUUUCCGUGGUGGAGAAGAAGAUGAGGAUAAUUCUGUCUCAAGUUUAAUUGUGAUGAGACUUGCAGAUGGAAAAAGCAUUGGUGCUUGCUCAUUAUACAAAAUGCCAACUUUUCUAGCUCUUUCACAGAGGCACCUUAACAUUAUUGUGGGUUUUGAUGAUGGGAGCCUUGGUACUUACACGGUAGUUGACCGUGUUGACGCUACACUGAAAAUCAAAAUUGCCACAUCAAAUAGCCGUCAGAUUUUCAGUACCAAGCCACAUAUAUUCAGACCCAAGUGCAAUAAUUGUAACUUUAAAAUCACACCUGACUGUUUAUGGAGGGAGUCUACCGAAGUGUUUGCUAGAGACAGCCCCAUCACAGUUUCUGACUCGGGAGAAGGAACUGAGACAACUCCUACCAAAAAGCAUAAUUUUUGUUAUGAAAAAAUGUGCUCUGCUAUUGACUGUAGAGGACAGAGUUACAAUGAGAGUUAAGAUCUCAAUACAGAUGACUGUUCUUCAUGUUUACACUUCAUAGCCCAGUGGGAAAGAACUAUGGAUUUUUUUUCAAUGUUUUGUUUAUUUAUUUAAUGGUACAUAUGAAUUUGUUUCAUUAGAAGAUUAAUAAAAUCAUCAGCAACACUGUUAGAAUGUUUAGGGAAAAAAAACAUAAGCCUCUCUUUUGAGAACACUUACUUAGUCCAAGGAUAUGUUUCACAGGGCUGUAGUUUAACAUUAUUAGCAAUAUUAUCAGUCGCAGUGACAUUCAAUAUGUUGAGUAAAGUUUGGUAUUAGAAAAAUAAAUGACACAUUUAUUAUGUGUUUGACUAUGUGCCCAUUCACAGUUGUAUGGUCCAGGUAGUAUCAAGCAUGGCAGUACUUUGUUAGAAAAUGUUUGUGCUAUUUAUGAAUGUAUCCCAAAUAAUACAAAUGAAUUACUUGUCCGCACACUGAUAAUGCCAUAGAGCGUGGAUAACUGUAAUCUAGAAAAAUGCUGCAAUCAAGAUUACAAAACCAGUAAAACAAAAGCGAACACAUGUGCGUAGCAAAUGUCGACAGACCUAAUAAAGCAUACUCAAUACGAUGUCUACUUUGGAAUGUCAGAGUUGAACAAAUAGGGUUGACCUUACAGCUCUCAUAAAUGUACUUUUAGUAUAUGUUACAAUAUGUGAUACUGCUCUUUUAAUUAUCUACCCAGUUUAAUUUUACAGUAAGAAAUAUUAAGAAUUGAUUUGUCUGACAGCAAGUAACCUAUCCAGUUAUAUUUCAAAAAUAUAAUGGAAUGCCAAAAUAAAAUCCCUGAAAUAUCAUUUUUCUGGACCUGGUAUAGUUUCAUUUCGCGUGCUAUCUGCCUUACAAUUUCUGUUACUUUCUGUGUUACACGCAGAUCAGAUGACCAACAGAGUACUCUGGGAUUAACAUAAUAACUGCAUACUAUAAAAAUAUAUAUUAUUAUAGAAAAUCUAAUAAUAUAUCCAAA